CAGCCCCCACAAUGUUGCGCGCAGGGUGAGGAACAGGGGCACUACAGCCCCCACAAGGCCCCGCGUAGGGAGAGCCGCGCUCGGACUACAGUCCCCACAAUACCCUACGCGGCGACCAGACUCCUUGGCGCGGUGCAGCGGGCGGGGUCCCCUCGCUCCCAGCUGCCCCUCGAGCUGCCCCGCCCGCACCAUGCUGCGCCUGCUGCCAUGCCUCCGUGCCCUGACCCGGGAGAGGGCGUGGGCUGGCGGCCUGCCGGGGCCGGCGGCCGGUGAGGCGAGGAUGUUCCCUGCCUGCUACUGCACGGGCAAGGCCAAGCCGCGGGCCGUGCUGCUGCCCCUGGAGCCCUACGGCCAUGGGCUGCUGCAGAGGCUGCCCCAGGAGGCCUGCCGGGCCCGCAGCCACAGCAAGAGGAAGAGCUGGAGCUUCGUCCAUGAGAAGAUGAGCUACGACACCUUCUUCACCAUGAAGCGGCUGAUCGAGCGCUCGCGCAGCGUGGGGGAGGUGCUGCGCUGGGUCACCCAGAACCCCGGCAAGGUGUCUGCCAGCCACUACCCCAUCGCCCUGCACAAGCUGGGCCAGCUCCUGCAGCAGCAGUCGUUGCCGCCGGGCCAGGCCGUGCUGAACGGGGAGAGCCGCGGGCCCGGCCAGGUGCUGGAGCACCCCGAGUUCCAGGCGCUCUGCCAGGCCAUCAUCAGCGACUGCCCCAAGUUCGACAACUUCAGCAUCGUCAACUGCCUGUACGCGGCCGCGGCCCUGGGCCUCCCCGGGGAGUCACCCCUGGUGCGGGUGCUGGAGGACGAGUCCCGGAGCCGCCUGGGCCGCUUCAACCAGAAGGACCUCUCCAUGGUGUUCAGCAGUGUGAUGCGGCUGCACCCGUCCAGCCCGCACCCACUGGUGGAGUCCUGCCUUAGCAGCCUGGAGCGGCACCUGGAGAAGGAACGGCACCCGCAGACCCUCUUCCUGCUGCUGUCCUACUACCGGCUGCGGGCCCAGGCGCUGCAGGGCCAUGCAGCCUCCGACCAGCAGCUGCUCAACAACCGCAAGAUCCUGCGGUUGGUGCGGCACACGCUGGGGCAGGUGAGCGCUGUGCGGGAGCACGAGCUGGCUCUGCUGGACGAGAUGCUGGCCCUCUGCGCCCAGGAGGCCAACAACAAGGCCCUGGAGGCCAUCUUCAGCUCGCAGCUCUUCUAUGAGAACCGCCAGGAGCGCUUCAUACGCAGCAUGGCAGAGUGGUUGCCCCGGAAGGUGGAGAACCUCACCCCCUACACCAUGGCCCUGAUCGCCAAGUACGUGGCCCGCCACCGGCUGCGUGAACCGCGCUUGCUUGACACCAUUGCUGCCUUCCUGCUGAAGCGUGGGGAGCAGCUGGACAGCAAGGUGAUCCAGAAGCUGGUGUUCCCCUUCAGCCGCAUGAACUACCGGCCGUCCAACCAUGGCGAGCUCUUCCCCAAGCUGGAGGCCAUACUGGAUCAGAAGGCCAUAAGCUCACCUCUGGCCACUGUCAACAUCCUCAUGUCCAUGUUCCAGCUCAGUCACUUCCCCCAGUGUGUUCUGCACCAGGUCUUCUCCCCUGCCUUCAUCGCCAAUGUCAUGAGCAGCCCCCACGCUGUGAUUGUGCGCCGUUACCUCUCCCUGCUGGAUGCCGCAGUGGAGCUGGAGUUCCGGGACUACAACGGCCCCCGCCUUGACCCUCGCUACCGCGUCCUCAUGUUCGACCACGCCAUGACUGCCGAUGAGGCCAACAGGAAGUACAGUUACAAGGGGCUGGUGGCGGAGGCCCUGCGGCAGCUGGUGGGAGAGGACUGCUACUGGCAGGACGAGGUGCUGCCCCCUGGAUACUGCGCAGACUUCCUGCUGUGGGUCAACAACAUGGGCGCCGUGCUGCCUCUCUCCCGGGUCCCUGCAGCCUACAAGACCCCUCCUGUGCGCCCCGCCGUGGCCCCCCUGCGCACCAGCGUGCUGGCCCUCACCUCGGACUUGCAGGACUUUGCCCCUUUUGCUCCGGAGACGCCGAGCAGCCCCCAGGGUCCGCGGGAGAGUGACCUGGCCGGGCGGUUCUUGCCCACACUGUGCCCCGCGCCCAGGGGGCCCUGCUACCAGCCCCCUUCAGACUAUUACUGCAGCCUGAGCAAGGAGUCGUCCCUGGGCAGCCAGGGCAGCUCUACGCUGAGCAGCCCCUCUGAGUGCCUAGCCACACAGGCCGGCACCCCUGACUGCUCCCCCCAUGGCACCACAACUGCCACACUCUUCCAGUUCCCCAUUGGCAAGAUCCUGGAGGGGCCGGAGGCCGCGCCUGGCUGCUUUCGUGGGGAGCAGCCCCCUGACGAGGCAGAGGAAAGGAGUCCGGCUGCCCGUGACGAGGCCUGCGCUCCCCCUUCUCCACACCUACCCAGCCCCAAGGGUGGCCUGAGCGACGUGCCGCAGGGGGCCGAGGAGAUCCAGAGGGUCGUGCUGUCGGUCAAUGACAAGUGGCAUUACUGCCAGAACUCGGACAUCCUGGUGGGCUCACGAGCCAUGCGCGACCGGCACCUGCAGCUGCUGGGCUACUGCCUGAUCCAGCUGCCCUACACGGAGCUGGAGAAAGUGAGCGGCAUCGAGGAGGCCAAGCAGUACCUGCGGCAGAAGUUGAGGGAGCUGCGCUUCUGAGGGGUCCCUCGGCCCUGGGCAGCGCCUCCCGGGCCCCGGGGAGUGGAGACAGGGCUAGGCCAGACUUAUUUAUUGCCGUUGGUGGGGAUGGGGCUGAGGGACAGGUGCUGCCUGGUGGCGGGGCUGGGUGCUGGGCCAAGCCGUGGCAGGGGCCCGUCCACUGCCUCUGAUGCUGCGGGGGGGCAGGUCCCCGAGCCUGCCACAGCAACUGGCCACGGUCACUGCUGCCCCGGGGUGCUCUGGGGGCCAAGAGCGUGCGGGAGGGGGCCUGGCCCUUUGCACAGUGGCGCCGUGGGGCUGGGCCGGCUGUGGCCAUGUGUGUGCGGCCACCCUGCCUGGGCGCUGGACCCAGAGGACGAACUUUACAAUAAAAGAGGUGAAAAAUC